CAGUUUGAACAUGAGUCAAAAUAAGUGAAAUAUUGCUAAACACGGGCAAACCCACUGCCAAUCCUAUGUAAAACCUACUGAUCUAAGUUGAUUGUAAAUAUUGGCUGUAUUAAAUAUUGAAGUGGUGGGUGUAGAUAUGUUUGAGAAGGGCGGAGUUUACGACUCAUGUGCAUGACCGCUGUGCGCAGCAUCUAAAACAGUGUCUCUCUAGCACACUAGUACUGCAAGCUGCUUGUGCACAUAGAUCGAUCAAUUCAAUGAGGCUAGUGCAGGAAAACCACAGCAUUGGCUACUGGAAAGAAAAGAGUGGUCCUGCCAGAAAAUUCUAUAAGCUUACAAAUUUCAGUUUGAGGCUAUUGAAGCAUGUCCGAGCACCAGAGGAGCUACCACAUUUUUCUGGAUUUGUAGUGGAAGUGACCCAAAAGCAGAGGUACCGUGGUGAAGUAAACGAAAGUUCAAGCGAUAUCUCAAAAGGGUUGGCAUUCAUACCAUGGUACAAGAUACCCAACACAGAACAACUUCUGCAAUAUCUCAGUCCUGCUAUUCCGUCAGGGGCAUUAUCUUCACAACUCUCACUCUCUCAAACAAAGUCAUUAUUGAUGCAGCUGUGUCAAGAGUUUUUUGAGUGCAGGAAUUAUGUCAAUGCACUAUGAGGCCAUCAUAGCACGAUGUGGAUCUAUUGGUAUGGCAAUAGCUACUAGCGCAAUCAGCAGAGGCAAGACCAAUUGCGCAAAGCUUGCUAUUGCGAUGUGUGGAAACUAUCCCAAAGGAUGCGCAGGCUAUCUCACUGAUAGUAUGGCAAGGGGUCACUUGAGUGGCAGUCUUCCAUUUCUGUACGAUGAUCCCAGCAGCGAUACUGUCUUGAAGCCCCUCCUCAUGAAUUCAUUUGGUGGGACAGAAAUAGGUACUAAGAAGGCACAGUUUUCUGCCAGGUGUUCUCCCAUCGUCACGUGCAAUGAGUUCGUUAUGGAAAAAUUGGCUCAAGCAGAUGAUCGGUACAUGGCCAGAGCAAUUUUGGUGCCAUUUGUGUUUGAAGCUCCUCCAAUGAGAGUGGACACCCUUGAUACCAUUCUAGCAGAAGCUCAUAGGGCACUGCCGGAGGCAAUAUCCAUUGGCUACUGGUUGAAGAAUCUACCCCAAAACCUACUCUAUGAAACGGUAGAGAAAGUACAGGAAUCUGUUGAAGGGAAGAUGGACGGCAGGCUGGCGAUGCAGUAUGCUCUAUAUCUACUGUGUGCAAAAGAGAUUUCUGAUAGGGCUGGGUGCAGUGAGGUGACAUCUGAUCACAUUUGGGAUCACUUUCAGAGUGCGAUAGUACCGGCUAUUUGCAAUUGGCAAAUUGGAGAGAGUGACACAAAUGAAAAAGCUGAGAGCAACAACUUGGGAAAACUCUUGCACAAAGGUCUUCAAAAGGCCCUAAUUUCUGACGAGCAUAUGUCCGAGUUUCUGAACUGUGUCACCCCAAAUGUGAAUUACCACCUGAAAAACACAAAGGACAUGGUUCAAGGAGCAGCCAUUCGACUCCAGGUUUUCUUAAAUUACCUAGACAGCCAUGGAAUUCCUCAUGCUUCGCACAAAGUCAUUCGAAGGAAGACAAAGAAAUGCAAAAGAUGUGCUCCCAGAAAGCGCCAGUAUUUCCUUCGAAAGGAUGUGGUAGUCUGCUCAAGGAAAAUAAGGAGAGAGUUAGCAGAAUGCAAAGGGUGCAUCUGUAUACCCAGAGAUCAGCUAAAGGAAGGAUUUAUCGAAGCCUUUAAGCACAAAUCUUCAAGAAGCUCUACCGACAAACAUAACAAUUCAGAGGGUUCAAGGGAUCAACUAGAUGACUCAGGCAUCCACAUUGAAGACGAAUUUACGGAUGACACACAGUUAUCAGGUGAACCACUAGAACACAAUAUUGAUUAUAAAGAACAACAGCCUUGGUUCUUUUAUGAAGAUCUCAGUGACAAUGAAUUUUAUUCUCUCCUUGGUGAGCACUACCUCGAAGAGCUUGAGGACCAGUUGGAUCCUACGUCUCAUCAUGAGCAACAAGAAGAGCCAGCUCCUCCAAAGAAGAAGACAACACUAAAAAUAGGAACUCCGAAGGAAUUUGAAGUGCAGUCUACCCCCCAACAAAGACUAACAAUAUCAUCAGCCAAUCCAUUAGUGCUAUGUCAUUAUCCUCUCACACCUGUCCGUCUCCAUCGACUAGGAGUUACACCACCAAGACAGAGGCAAUUAGUGCAAAAGAAGCGUCCUGUUUCGGUAUCACUGACAAAAUUGUAUGAAAGAAUUGGAGUAAGUCCUGCCAGAUUGAGUGGCCAUGCACGCAGAAAAGCAACAUCUACUACAGUUGUGGUAAGAAGGAACCUGUUAACAGAAUUGGCCAAAGUGAAGUUGGGCGUUAAAAAAGACAACAGUAAAUGUCUCGCUGAAUUCAAAGCAACUGGCAAGCAAAACAAAUCAAAUUAUGCUGCCAAGAACAGAAGCAAAACCAAAAUUGCUAGUAAACCACGAUCGCCUGCAAAUACCAGAAGUAAAACAAAACCUGCUAGUCAACCACAAUCUGCCAAGAUAUUGUCUACCAAUGGUGCCAAAAGAAAAAAGAACUGUGCUAAUAAACCGCAAGGCAAAUCUGCUGUACAAGUUGCAAUUGUAGGAGAAGACAAGGAGCAAUGCCCUAAGUAUGUAUGCGUAUACAAAAGAGUGCCUCGUGCUUCAACCAUGAUUGCUUGUCACACAUGUGACCAAUGGUUCCACAUCAAGUGCGUAUCGUUAUCACAAAAAGAAGCUGGGAAGAUAGCACAGUGGCAUUGCAGCAAAUGCAUGUAGCUAAUACUUAAUUUUGCCUGCAUGAACUCAAUCUAUAAUAACAGUUAUUGUAUCUAUUAUUUAGGUAUAUAAUAAUAUUAUAGUGUUUUGUGUGCUAGUAUAGCAUGUUGUUUUAUGUAUUAUGUAUAUACAAUCGAAAUGAAUGAUAUCU